AUGGAGAAAGAAGAAAAGAAAUUUGUCAAUAAAGCAGAGGAAGAUGAGAUGGAGAUCUAUGGCUAUGAUCUGUGUCGCUGGAAGUUGGUGCUAGUUACUGUAGGAGUGAUCUGUUCUGGUGGCUUUCUUCUCCUCCUCCUCUACUGGAUGCCUCAGUGGCGUGUGAAAGCAACGUGCAAAAGGACUACACUUAAAGACUGUGAAGUGGUUCUGCUGAAAACAACCGAUGAAUUCAAGAUAUGGUUUUGUGCAAAGGUUCGCAUUAUGCCUUCUUUGGGAGCCAGUCCUUUACAGAAUCCUAAUGCUAUUGUACACAAGGUUUCAAAUGGCCAUGCUGUUCAUUUCUGUGAAUCUGCUGCAGAUGAGAAUAAAAGUGAUUUGAAAAAGUAUUUUCCUGUAAGUAACCCUGCAGUUCGUUAUUUCACACAUCACAGCACAAAGUAUUUCUGGAAUGAUUCAGUUCAAAGUUUUGGUGUUGUACGAGGUCUAGGUGAAUCUACAUUCUGUUCUUCAAUUCAUAAUGAACACAGCACAGGACUGACAAAGGAAAUGCAUGAUUACAGAAAAGCAUUCUAUGGAGUAAAUGAAAUUGCUGUGAAAGUGCCUUCCAUUUUUAAGCUUCUGAUUAAGGAGGUUCUCAACCCUUUUUACAUUUUCCAGUUGUUCAGUGUGAUAUUGUGGAUCACUGAUGAAUAUCACUACUAUGCAUUAGCAAUUGUGAUCAUGUCUGUAAUAUCCAUUGUUAGCUCACUCUACACUAUUAGAAAGCAAUAUGUUAUGUUACAUGACAUGGUAGCAGCUCACAGCAUUGUCAGGGUUUCUGUCUGCAGAGGAAAUCAAGAAAUAGAAGAAAUCCUUUCCACCGACCUUGUGCCUGGGGAUAUCAUGUUGAUUCCAUCUAACGGGACAAUUAUGCCCUGUGAUGCAGUACUUCUCAGUGGUACUUGCAUUGUAAAUGAAAGUAUGCUAACAGGUGAAAGUGUUCCUGUCACAAAGAUUAAUCUACCAAAUCCUUCAGAACAUCCAAAAGCAAUGGGAGAUGAAAUAUACAGUCCAGAAGCGCAUAAACGACAUACUUUGUUCUGUGGAACCAAUGUCAUUCAAACCCGGUUUUAUACUGGAGAAUUGGUCAAAGCUCUGGUGGUGAGAACAGGCUUUAGUACUGCUAAAGGACAGCUUGUUCGUUCCAUACUAUACCCAAAGCCAACUGAUUUCAAACUCUACAGAGAUGCCUAUUUGUUUCUCCUGUCUCUGGUAGUGGUGGCAGGCAUCGGGUUUCUUUACACGGUUGUCAAUAGCAUCUUAAAAGAGGUUCCAGCUCAUACCAUCAUCAUAGAGUCUCUUGACAUUAUCACUAUCACGGUGCCUCCAGCGCUCCCUGCUGCCAUGACUGCUGGCAUCGUUUAUGCACAAAGAAGGCUGAAAAAGAUUGGCAUUUUCUGCAUCAGCCCCCAGAGGAUAAAUAUUUGUGGCCAGCUCAAUCUUGUGUGUUUUGAUAAGACUGGCACACUUACUGAGGAUGGCUUGGAUCUUUGGGGAAUUCAACGGGUAGAAAAUGCUCGUUUCCUUUUGCCGGAAGAGAGGGCUUGCAGUGAGAGCUUGCUGAAGUCUGAGUUUGUUGCUUGCAUGGCAACUUGUCAUUCCCUUACGAAAAUUGAAGGGAUGCUUUCUGGGGAUCCACUUGAUUUGAAGAUGUUUGAAGCAAUAGGAUGGAUUUUAGAAGAAGCAACUGAAGAGGAAACAGCCCUUCAUAAUCGAAUCAUGCCAACAGUGGUUCGACCUUCAAAACAGCUUUUCCCAGAAUCCAAGCAAGUGACAAAUCAAGAAAUGGAAUUGUUUGAGCUUUCGACCACUUAUGAGAUUGGAAUUGUGCGCCAGUUUCCAUUUUCUUCAGUUUUGCAACGUAUGUGUGUCAUAGCGAGAGUUCUGGGAGAGAAGAGAAUGGAUGCUUACAUGAAAGGUGCCCCUGAAGUGAUUGCCAGCUUGUGUAAGCAGGAAACAGUUCCUGUUGACUUUGAGUGUGUCCUGGAAGAAUACACUAAGCAGGGCUUCCGAGUUAUUGCUCUUGCUCACAGAAAGUUGGAGUCCAAGCUUACGUGGCACAAAGUCCAAACUAUUAGUAGAGAUGCCAUUGAAAGCAACAUGGAUUUUAUGGGGUUAAUUAUAAUGCAAAACAAGCUAAAGCAAGAAACCCCUGCUGUACUUGAAGAUUUGCAUAAAGCCAACAUUCGCACUGUCAUGGUUACAGGGGAUAACAUGUUAACUGCUAUCUCUGUGGCCAGAGACUGUGGAAUGAUUCUACCUCAGGAUAAGGUCAUUAUUGCUGAAGCACUACCUCCAAAGGAUGGGCAGGCUGCCAGGAUCAACUGGCAUUAUGCAGAUACCCUCGCAAAAUGCACUAGUUCAUCACCAGCCAUAAACUCAGAGGAUAUUCCAGUUAAAUUGGUCCAUGAAAGCCUUGAGGAUCUCCAGAUGACCAAAUACCAUUUUGCAAUGAAUGGAAAGUCAUUUGCAGUGAUUUUGGAGCACUUUCAGGACCUGGUACCCAAGCUUGUGUUACAUGGCACUGUGUUUGCUCGCAUGGCGCCUGAUCAGAAAACUCAGUUGGUGGAAGCUUUACAAAAUGUAGAUUACUAUGUGGGCAUGUGUGGAGACGGAGCAAAUGACUGUGGCGCGCUGAAGAGGGCACAUGGUGGCAUAUCGUUGUCUGAACUUGAGGCUUCUGUGGCAUCACCAUUCACUUCCAGGACACCUAGUAUUUCCUGCGUGCCAAAGCUGAUCAGGGAAGGCCGUGCUGCUUUAAUAACUUCCUUCUGUGUGUUUAAGUUCAUGGCAUUAUACAGCAUUAUCCAGUACAUCAGUGUUACUCUGCUAUAUUCUAUCCUGAGCAAUUUGGGAGAUUUCCAGUUUCUCUUCAUUGAUUUGGCAAUCAUUUUGGUGGUUGUCUUCACUAUGAGUCUGAACCCUGCUUGGAAGGAGCUUGUUGCGCGAAGGCCUCCCUCAGGUCUUAUCUCAGGUCCACUUCUGUGUUCUGUUUUGUCUCAGAUCAUCAUCUGCUUUGCUUUCCAAACCUUCGGGUUUUUUUGGGUCAAACAACAGCACUGGUAUGAGCCUUGGACAACAGAUUCUGAUGCAUGUAAUAAAUUGGAUGCCACAAACACCAGCUCUACGCAUCAUGAGAAUGAGACUCUUCUUGAUGAACAUUACAUUAAAAAUUAUGAAAACACAACUUUGUUUUUUAUAUCCAGCUUUCAGUACCUCAUAGUGGCAAUUGUCUUUUCUAAAGGAAAGCCCUUUAGACAACCAUGCUACAAAAAUUUUCUGUUUGUUGUAUCUGUGAUAGUUCUUUAUAUCUUCAUAUUGUUCAUCAUGUUGCAUCCCAUUGAAUCUAUUGAUGCGUUUCUGGAGCUCGUGUGUGUGCCGCCUGAGUGGCGCCUGAGAAUUCUCAUCAUUGUUAUUCUCAAUGCAAUUGUAUCCGUACUGACGGAGGAGGCUGUGGAUCGCUGUGGAGUCUGUUUCCUUUCUUCCCUGUUUGGUUGUAGAGAGAAGACACCAAAAGCCAAGUAUAUGCAUCUAGCUCAGGAACUGCUGGUUGAUCCAGAGUGGCCACCAAAACCCAGAACAACAACAGAAGCAAAAGUACCAUCCCAAGAAAAUGGUUCAUAUCAAAUCAUCACUGUAACGUAG